AAGCUUUUCUUACUAGAGUUUGUGUCUUGUUUCUAGUCCAAAUAUCUAAAAGUUCUAAAAAAGCACAAAUUAUAGUCUUAUUUUCAGAAAUAAUGAGUCAAAAUGAGGAGUUUUUCAUUAAAACAAGCAAAAUAAUCAGCCAAUGGAGGAAGAGAAAUCGUAUAUCAAAAGAAUAAACAAGAUUAUUUUGCGUGUUUAUAAAAUGCUUCUCGAUUGAAGAACUUUACGAUAUUUGGACUAGAAAUAAGAAACCAACUCUGAGGAGGAAAAGCAUUUGUGCAGUGUGUCUGUGUGUGUUGUGCAGUGAUGGGUGAGGACGGAGCAUCAGCGAGCGCAUCAGAGCCCAUCAGCACUGUGACAGGAGGAAAUAAACCUGUGCACCGCUUCCUCAGAGGACAACCCAAGAGUAUCGGAUUCUGUAUCUGUGGCCUUCUGUACAUCCUAUCUGAACGCAACCCCUCCAAAAAGAUGAUUACAGCCAGUCUGGCUCUGAGCAUCGUCUCCACGUUUGGAGUCAUCUUUGCGGUGUUGAACAUCAGCCAACACAUCUCCCACAACCGUUGGAUGCUUUGGUUCCGCCAAACACACAACAGGACCGAGACGGAGCUGCUCUACAUGACACAACAUUAUAGUGCUGUUGAGGCGAUGGGCUGUGUGUUUCUGUGUCACAGUUUAAUAGGAGGAGCUCUGCUGAUCAUCAUGACGUGUUUCGCCAGAGCAGGACUGCGCUCCAGCAACACUCAGGCUGUUGUUGUGAUGCGGAAUCUGCCGUCAGCGGAGUGAAGAGACCAAGAUCAUCUGAAUAUCCUGAACAUCAGCUUCAGCAGUGUGGAGAAGAUCUGACAUCUGUGCAGAGUCAUUCAGUCAGAAUCAGCUGGAGUUAUGUGGAUUGAUGCACACUGUUGUCAUGCGGCCACUAGGUGUCACUAAGAGUCUAAAGUGGAGGAAGUGAAAGCUACUGCCACACUUGAAUAAUCAGCCAAUUAUAGCAGAUCAUUUAUUAGUGUUAAGUGCCCACUAAAGUUAUUACAGGGCACUCCAGGGUACUUAUGUUUCAAAGCUAUCUUUAUAUGCUACCUGUUACUUACUUGGACUACAACUACCAUGAUGCUUUGUGCCAAUCAACACCUGCUACAGCUGUGAAUCAUCCACACAGGACACACACACUUAAGCCGCGCUCACGCUGGACUUUUCUCCUCAUAGACUUCCAUUCAUACACAUGUGAAUGCGACAGACCAAAAACACAAGCUCGUGCGACACGUUUUGCAGUUCACUGCAUUAGAAAGUUUAAGCUUGUUGAACCCUCUCUGGACAGAAAUGUCAAAUAUGGACCAAUCACUUGCUUUUUAAAUGUCUAAUCAUCUUGUUUAAUCCCGCCUCUGUUCGCAGCGCAGUACAACAGAUUUGCAAGGUCAAACUCUAGUGUGACCACAGCAACACACCGCUGAAGAUCAUUUUCACUGAUGACUCUCACCAUAUAAACUCCGUUCUCAUGCACACCCAUUCCUCAUUAUUGUUAAAGAGCAUUUCAAAGCAUUUCCCCAUCUGUUUUGAGUCUGGAGCAUCCUCUUUCGUGCUGUUUUCUGCCUGGCCUGACACUCAGGAUUUUCCCUGUUGUUGCCAGUGCUCCUGUUUACCCUUGCCUCUGCGACCAUCCCUUAUAUAAUAAAGCUGCUUUUGGAACUA